CGCAGUUUCAUUUAAAAUAGUUUUCUAGCACAAGAAUUAGAUAAUACGUUUAUGAAAAAUUUAUUUGCAAUGGGAGAACCUACAACAUUUAAAGACGUUAGAAUAAAAGGAAUCAUGUCAGUAAUGCCGAUGAGGGGAACUUUCCAAUUAGAUGCUCCAGUAUUUGAGAAGCUUAUUGAAUCGUCCAGUAAUUUGCAAGAAAGUUUACCCGAGAAACUCGAGUACGAUGUAAUACAAAUUCAAGAUCAGAAUCUGCCAAUUCUCCGCGAGAACAGUUUAAGUGGUAUUCAUCUUAGAAGGCUAGAAAUCAUUUCUUGCAAUGUGAAGGAUAUAGAAGCAAAUGCCUUUAACAAUGCAAAAAUUGAGCUCAUCAAUUUAAAUAAUAAUGCUUUAGAAGAAAUUAGGAAUAGUAUGUUUAACAAUUUAAAGGCUGACUUUUUGAAUUUCAAGAAAAAUAAUAUUCAAAAGAUAGAAGAAGCAGCAUUUCAGAAUUUGCCACUACAAUGGCUUAAUUUAUCCCAUAAUAAAUUAGAGGAAAUUAAAGUGGACCAGUUUAAAGGUGCAUCUAUUGUUAGAUUGGAUUUACAUGACAAUAUGAUAAGUCAUAUUGAACCGGAAUUGUUCACAACAAUGAACAGCAUAGAAGAGCUAUCUCUGAAAAACAAUGAUUUCAGAGCAAUCGAUACAAUUUUUAAUGACGUACCUACUCUCAGUGAUAUCGAUUUGGAAGGAAACCAUUUGACUGAUCUACCAAGAAAUAUGUUUAGUAACUCACUUAAUCUUGGAUGGGUCCGUUUCAGGAAUAAUAAGUUGACGAAUAUCAGAAAAGGCAUUUUCAAUAUUUUACCGCAACUCCAGCUGAUCGAUUUGGAGGAUAACCAGAUAGAAGCCAUAGAGGAAGGUGCAUUUGAAAAUCUACCCAAACUAAAGUAUCUAUUUUUGUCCAACAACAAAUUAAAAGAAAUCAAAGCCGGUAUAUUUAAUAAUAUAACCGCGGAUGAUGUAGAUUUAAGAGACAAUAAAAUAAUACACAUAGAAGAUCUAGCAUUCAAAAAUUCUAAUAUAUACGAUUUAAAACUUAACCGUAACAGUUUAAACGAACUGCAAGGUAAAAUGUUUAAAGACGCGUCUGUUGGCUACUUGCGGUUAGCCAAGAAUAACAUAGGCAUUAUAGACACGGAAGUGUUCAAUGUAAUGAAAUCUAUCCUAAUGAUUUCUUUGGAAGGAAACAAUUUAACAGAGAUUAAUAAAGGUAUGUUCGACAAACCUUCUAUCACGGGAUUGUUUUUUAGAAACAACCAGAUUAGUAGAAUUGAGGUAGACGCUUUUGCGAAUUUAAGAUCUCUGGGCUACCUUAUUCUAGAAAAUAAUGGUAUUUCUGAAAUAGACGAUAAAGUCUUUGAAAAUCUUGAAUCAUUAUUUAAUUUGAAUCUAGGAGGUAAUAAAAUCCAAGAAUUGAGUAGUAAGGUAUUUGAGCACUUACCAAAAUUAUGGGAAUUUGCUAUUGGCGACAAGCACACUUAUCAUUUUAAAUAUGACAUGUUAAAAUUUCAAGAAAGUACUAAAUGGGGAGAUGUCGGAGUGGGGUUAUUGCGUCAACUUCUUGGAUGGAUCCGUUUAAGGAAUAAUAAAUUGACGAAUAUCAGAAAGGGUAUUUUCAAUAUCUUACCGCCACUCCAGCUGAUCGAUUUGAGGGAUAACCAGAUAGAAGCCAUAAAGGAAGGUGAAUUGGAUAAUACUCGUACGUUUGUGAAAAAUUUGUUAGCAAUGACAGAACCUGUAACAUUUAAAAACGUUAAAAUAAAAGGGAUCAUGUCAAUAAUAAGGCCGAGGUGGGGAAGUUUCCGAUUUAAUGAGCCAAUAUUUGAGAAGCUUAUUAAAUCGUCCAGUAAUUUGCAAAAAACCUUACCCAAUAAAGUCGGGUACGAUAUAAUACAAAUUCAAGCCCAAAAUCUGCCAAUUCUCCACGAGAACAGUUUAAGUGGGAUUCGUAUUAGUACACUGGAAAUCGUUUCUUGCAAUUUGAAGGAAAUAGAAGCAAAUGCAUUUAACAAUGCAGAAAUCAAACACAUCAGUUUAGAAAAUAAUGUAUUAGAAGAAAUUAGGAACAGUAUGAUUAAAAACUGCAAGGUUGACUUUUUGACUUUGAAGAAAAAUAAUAUUCAAAAGAUAGAAGAAGCAGCAUUUCAGAACUUGCCACUACAAUAUCUUGAUUUAUCCCAUAAUAAAUUAGAGGAAAUUAAAGUGGACCAGUUUAAAGGUGCAUCUAUUGCUAGAUUGGAUUUAGAGAAAAAUAAUAUUCAAAAAAUAGAAGAAGCAGCAUUUCAGAACUUGCCGCUACAAUAUCUUAAUUUAUCCCAUAAUAAAUUAGAGGAAAUUAAAGUGGACCAGUUUAAAGGUGCAUCUAUUGUUAGAUUGGAUUUACAUGACAAUAUGAUAGAAGAAAUUAGGAAUAGUAUGUUUAACAACUUAAAGGUUGACCUUUUGAGUUUGAAGAAAAAUAAUAUUCAUAAGAUAGAAGAAGCAGCAUUUCAGAACUUGCCACUACAAAAACUUGAUUUAUCCCAUAAUAAAUUAGAGGAAAUUAAAGUGGACCAGUUUAAAGGUGCAUCUAUUGUUAGAUUGGAUUUACAUGACAAUAUGAUAAGUCAUAUUGAACCGGAAUUGUUCACAAUAUUGAACAAUAUUAAAGAACUAUCUCUGAAAAACAAUGAUUUCAGAGCAAUCGAUAGAAUUUUUAAUAACAUACCUACUAUCAGGGAUAUCGAUUUGGAAGGAAACAAUUUGAUUGAUCUACCAAGAAAUAUGUUUAGUAACUCAUUUAAUCUUGGAUGGAUCCGUUUAAGUAAUAAUAAAUUAACGACUAUCAGAAAAGGUAUUUUCAAUAUCUUACCACAACUCGAGCUGAUUGAUUUGAGGGAUAACCAGAUAGAAACCAUAGAGGAAGGUGCAUUUGAAAACCUACCAAAACUAAAGUAUCUAUUUUUGUCCAACAACAAAUUAAAAGAAGUCAAAACCGGUAUAUUUAACAAUAUAACCGCAAGUGAUGUAAAUUUGAGAAACAAUAAAAUAAUACGCAUAGAAGAUCUAGCAUUCAAAAAUUCUAAAAUACACGAUUUAAAACUUGAACGUAAUAGUUUAAACGAACUGCAAGGUAAAAUGUUUAAAGACGCGUCUAUUGGCUUCUUGCACUUAGCCAAGAAUAAUAUAGGAAUUAUAGACACAGAAGUGUUCAAUGUUAUGACAUCUAUCUCAGUAAUUUUUUUGGAAGGAAACAAUUUAACAGAGAUUAAUAAAGGUAUGUUCGACAAUCCUUCUAUCAGGGGAUUGUUUCUUAGAAACAACCAGAUUAGUAAAAUUGAGGUAGACGCUUUUGCGAAUUUAAGAUCUCUGUGCUACCUUAUUCUAGAAAAUAAUGAUAUUUCUGAAAUAGACGAUAAAGUCUUUGAAAAUCUUGAAUCAUUAUUUAAUUUGAAUUUAGGAGGUAAUAAAAUCCAAGAAUUGAGUAGUAAGGUAUUUGAGCACUUACCAAAAUUAUGGGAAUUUGCUAUUGGCGACAAGCACACUUAUGAUUUUAAAUAUGACAAGUUCAAACGUCAAGAAAGAAUAAAAAGAUUAAAAUUAAAAUAUUUUUCAGUCAUAAAUUCCUGUUUUCGUUAACAAUAUUUCACUUUAUCUGAAUUCUCACAAAUUAAUCUAUGAUCGUGACUUAAAAGUGUAUUCCUCUAUUUCGAAUGUUAAUGACUGUAAACACUUUUAGAGCCAAUUAAAUAUAGGGUGUCCCGAAAUUAAUGCAACAACAUUUUUUAUUUUUGCAAAGUGGCCCCCUCUUUCGGAGUUACAGCUCCUGAAGUCCGACCCUAAGAAUAAUCUUUUUUUUGUAUCUCGGAACCCUGUUGUACGAGAAUCAGUAAAUUAGGUUCACGGGGGUUUUUAUGACAUGUGGAAUCUGAUGGUACUACGUUUUUUGGCGGGGAACCCCCUUAAGACAAUUGUUCGUGGGCCCCC